AUGUUUCGUCAACCGGCUGCGAGAUUAAGACAGUCUACCCUGCCCCUUAUCAGACGUGGCAGCUCACGACCAAGAACGACUGGACCGAGCGAAAGUAUCAAGCCUGGACCCGUACAUGUCCAGAAAGCAUUUUGGACAACAGGCAGGGUACUGCUGUUCUCGGCUUUCACCGGCACAGCGACCUACUUGUAUGGAAUCAACGAUGCUUCGAAACUACAGCUACCAUGGAUGAAGUCUACAGGGCCGCAGUAUGCUCCCAAGAAAGAUAUGGAGAAGGCAGACUACCAAGCAAUCAAAGAGCUGAGAGCAGCAUUUGGUGAAGAUGCCAUCAGUACGGAUGAUGAAGACCUCCAUAGGCACGGCUACUCAGAGUGGUCAUCAAUCAACAUCGAUCAGCUUCCCGUCGCAGUCGCCUACCCCAAGUCCACAGAAGAAGUGUCACAGCUUGCGCAAGUGUGCCACAAAUAUAAAAUUCCCAUGAUCCCAUACUCCGGAGGUUCCAGUCUCGAGGCCAAUUUCUCCGCACCAUUCGGCGGCAUGAGCAUCGAUUUCGCAUUUAUGGACCAGGUGCUUGCGCUACACGCCGAUGAUAUGGACGUUGUGGUUCAGCCCUCUGUGCCAUGGAUGAGCCUAAACGACCAGAUCAAAGACUCCGGUCUGUUCUUCCCUGUGGAUCCUGGGCCAUCUGCCAGGAUCGGUGGUAUGGUCGGCACAAGCUGCAGUGGAACAAAUGCCGUACGAUAUGGCACAAUGAAAGAAUGGGUCAUCAACUUGACUGUAGUCCUUGCUGAUGGUACGGUCAUCAAGACAAGGAAGCGGCCAAGGAAAUCGUCAGCCGGCUACAACCUCACAAACCUCUUCGUCGGUUCAGAAGGCACGUUAGGCAUUGUCACCGAGAUCACACUGAAGCUGGCAGUCAUCCCUCCAGAGACCAGUGUUGCUGUUGUUACAUUUCCCACUAUCCGCGAUGCAGCAGCAGCAGCCUCUAAGGUCCUACGUGCAGGUAUCCCCGUAGCUGCAAUGGAGAUUAUGGAUGAUGUGCAGAUGGGUGUGAUUAACAAGGCUAGAUCAACGCACAGGAAGUGGAAGGAGGUACCCACCAUGUUCUUCAAAUUCUCCGGCACUAAAGCAGGAGUGCGAGAAAACAUCCAGCUAGUAAAGGACAUCUCGAAGCAGCACAAGAGCGGUGACUUCGAGUUUGCAAGAACCGCCGAAGAAGGCAAACAACUCUGGUCAGCGCGCAAGGAGUCUCUUUGGAGCAUGAUGGCGAUUCGAAGAGAAGGCGACGAAGUCUGGUCAACAGACGUUGCUGUCCCAAUCUCAAGACUGCCAGAUAUCAUAGAGAUUUCGAAGAAGGAAAUGGACGACCUCGGUCUCUUUGCCAGCAUCCUGGGCCAUAUUGGAGACGGCAACUUCCACGAGAGCAUCAUGUACAACGGCAAAGAUCCCAAGGAGCGUGCAGCUGUUGAGAAGUGUGUACACGACAUGGUUGAACGCGCUCUUGAGAUGGAAGGUACUUGCACCGGCGAACACGGCAUUGGUUUGGGAAAGAAGGCGUCUCUGCAGAAGGAGCUCGGAUUGGACACGAUCAACGUUAUGAGGAGCAUCAAGAGCGCGCUUGAUCCGUAUUGGCUCAUGAACCCGGGAAAGAUCAUGGAUGCAAAGGCUUGA